AUGCAGGGCAUCGAUGUGGAAAUACAUGCGGACUCUACGGCCAGCGUGCUGUAUGAACGAGCCAUGCUUUUCCGAUCACCUCAAAAUGCUUCUCAGAGCUGUGUCCGCACCAUUGAGCUCAAGUCAAACCAAUUUUCGGCGCUGGACGAGAGGCGCCAUGGCAUGAAGGGGUUCCUUCGCGGAGCCAAGAAGUUGACCUUCGGUCUCGACGUCAACAUCAGUGGGAUCCCAUCGACAAUAUGCCUGAACCAGCCGUUUUCGCUCCGCAUCAGCAUGCGUCAGAAUAAUGAGAAGACCACUGCUACCGUGACGCCGCCCACUGUGCUCGAGAGCGCGACUGUACAAUUCCUGGCGACCACUCGUGUGAACGAACCACGAUUCGGGAGUGAGAGAGCCUACAGCACGAGCGAUACACAGAUUGCCCGGACACUGUCUACCAGGAUAAUGAAGGGAGAUAAAGUUGGACUUGCUAGUACCGAAGAGGUAUAUGGGGCUACUGUUGCUGUCUGGCCGCUGCUAGAUGUACCUACUAGCUUCACAUGGGGCGAAGUCUCGCGGGCGUAUCGUCUUAAGAUUGAGCUUGAGAUCGUGGUGGCUGAUAAGAUGGAGUGUGUUCUUUGGGAGUCGGGGGUUGAGGUGCUACCUCCAACUGCUACGGGACUGGAAGUGUCACAGACGCAAAAGAGUAUUAUAGAAGAGCAUCUACCUGCAUACGAAGCCACUUGCUCAUAA